CCAUGCCUCCCCCUGGGCCCACUGACAGAAGACGAUUCUGCUUGGCGCUGCUCCCCAUCAAGGACACGCACAGUCAGGACACGUGCAUUGGUCCGUGGUUCCUCCCCUCGCCGAGCCAUUAAGAAGAAUGACAGGCGCGCGGUACGACACGUUGGCCGGCAAUAUAAAUUCUACGUAACCCAUGAUCUGGCAACUGCUGUGACCGCGAGAGGCCCCCCAAAAGGCAGCCCCACCGCGUACGUCUGGCAGAUCGUCAUGACACUCGCGCUGCUGCAGAGGGUACCCGCGGCGCUCCGUGGGUGUGUCGCUCACUUGCAUAAGCCUCCUGUGGGCACGGCAGCCUCCCUGUGCCGAGGAUACUCCACCGACAAUGAAAGUGAGCCAAAGUAUGACUUCGUGGUGGUGGGUGGCGGCAUUGUGGGGAUGGCAACAGCCCGUGAGUUGGCCCUGCAGCAUCCCCACCUGAAGCUUAGUGUCGUGGAGAAAGAAAACCAGUUAGCAUUCCACCAGAGUGGACACAACAGUGGAGUAAUUCAUGCUGGAAUUUACUACAAGCCGGGAUCCCUGAAAGCUAAGCUCUGCGUUGAAGGACUUCAUCUUUCAUACAAAUACUUUGAGGAAGAAGGGAUUCCAUACAAAAAAUGUGGGAAGCUUAUUGUAGCAGUUGAUGACAGCGAAAUUGGAAGGUUGCACGACCUGUUUGAACGAGCCAAACAAAAUAAUUGUCCGGAUGUUGAGCUCAUUGAAGGAUAUGACAUACAAAAGUAUGAACCAUACUGUCAUGGAGUGAAAGCUAUCUGGUCUCCACAUACAGGCAUUGUUGACUGGGCUCUAGUAACGGAACACUAUGGGAAAAAUUUUCGUGACCUAGGUGGCAACAUCUAUCUUGACUUUGAGGUUAAAGAUUUCAGUUUGGUGGAGGAUGACAGUGAGAGUCAUCCAGUUCGAGUUGUCAGUGAUGGAAAGUCUGUGCGUUGCAAGUAUGUUCUAACGUGUGGAGGUCUGCAGUCUGACAAGCUGGCCAAGUUGUCUGGCUGUAGUGAAGAUCCUAGAAUUGUACCUUUCAGAGGGGAAUACCUUCUCCUGAAACAAGAUAAAGCUCAUUUAGUACGUGGAAAUAUUUAUCCGGUGCCAGAUCCUCGCUUCCCAUUCUUGGGAGUACACUUUACCCCACGAAUGAAUGGAGACAUCUGGCUGGGUCCCAAUGCAAUAUUUGCCCUUAAAAGAGAAGGAUAUAGGUGGACUGACAUUGAUCUUCGUGAGUUGUGGGAAGCCAUCACUUAUCGUGGCUUCCAGAAGCUGGCUCUGAAGUAUAUCACUUUUGGCAUGAAAGAGAUCACACGAUCUGCUAUUCCAAGACUACAGGUAGCAACUCUACAGAAGUAUAUUCCUGAAGUAACUGCCAAAGACAUCACUCGUGGCCCAGCAGGAGUGCGUGCACAAGCCAUGAAUGUUGAUGGUUCACUUGAAGAUGAUUUUGUCUUCCACAGAGAAACAAACUGUAAACUGGGUUCACGCAUUCUUCAUUGUCGAAAUGCUCCUUCUCCAGGGGCAACAUCUUCACUGUCUAUUGCAAAGAUGAUUGCUGAGAAGUGUAAGGCAGAAUUUACUUUAUGAAGACAUCAAGAAUAUAGUGGUGUCUUGUGAUAAAAUUUUACUAGAUCAUAUGAUUUCUCAAAUAAUUAUUUUUUAAAACAUGUUUGAUGGUUUUAGGAAACAUUGUAAUGGUACAAAGGUUUUUAUUGCUAUUGUAAAAUUAGUAAAAUCAAUAAUCAUACUUCAUGAUAAAUCAUUGUUUUCAGGGGCACAUACCACAUGGCAGUUACACGUAGGUUUUGCUUUUCCACAAACCUCAAUUUCAGGGAAUCCUCAUGAUUUAGACAUGUUGUCUAUUUGUUCCAUCCAUGACUGAUUUCAGGUGUUGCUUUUCUCUUCAUAGCUCACAACUCCAUCUUACAGAUAUGAGGACGGACAAAUUAAUGUUUUGAUUGGCAAGACACAUGGCCAUAUACAUGAGUUAUCUACCACAUUUAGAGCUACAUACACUUCAUUUAUUUAAAAAUGAAACAACGAGUAAAUUUACCGUUUAUGAGGUUUCAAGCCCUGCUCCACUGCAGUGCUCCGCAGGGCCGUCAACAAUUACAAUGUUAGCCUCAUUACCGUCCAAGAUAGUCUCCUUUAUUUUUUUCCUUAGUCUCUCUCCUUUUUAUGCACAUUGCAUAUCAUGAUCUUUGGUUUCAUCUUUCCAACACUCUUGGUACUAAUUUGCUCAACAGAUUCCAAUUGUGAAUCUUGAAUCACUUAUUUGAAUGCCAUUCAAUGCCUGGGAGACUUCAUCCUUCAUAUCUGUUGCCUUCUUUUCCUGGGUAGAAGCUUUCACAACUAGGAGAUACUUCUUCACUUUCCUGUCUCUCUUUGCCACCUCAGCCCAACUAAGAUUUGCUUGGUCUGCACAAAGCACAUCAACAACUGAUCCCAGCUCCUUGCAUCUUAUCAGCCCUUGAUUCAACCUCAUCUUUAACCAGAUAUUUCUUUAGAUACCUAAUUCUUGCUUGAAUUCAUCCAAUUUCUCCACAAUAUUGGUAGCCAGAGAUGCUUUAUGGAGGCAUGGGGUGCAAAUCCAAUUAAGUUUAGGUAUAUUAUCCUGCUUAAUUCCGGACUAAUGAGCACACUUCACAUGACACCACUUAGGACACAAACAGCAUCCAAUCCACUUCUUGCCAGUGAAAUGACCGACCACGACCACUCACUCACUUGGUGCUCUUAAUCAGUUUGACAAAUAAUCUAAUUUUGAUUUGGAGUUAUAAAAUGCAUUCUGCUUUGUUUACUCAUUUACCUUCACACCACUGGUCUUACUGGUGUGUUAAGGAAUGGACUAUAGGCAAAAUUAAUCUGAAAAUUUUAUAACCUGAGCAAAAAAUUUGUCAGGUCUGAAGUUUUAUAUAUCAGUUACUGGCUUCUUAAUGAAAUUUAACAAGCCUAAAUUCAUCAGAAUGCAGCUCUGACCAUACAUGUAUCAUUAAAUAAUCAUUUUCAUACUUUUUAAGUUCUCUUACACUGUAAACUAUGAAGUGUCCACAUCUUUAGAUUUUAUGGAAGUUUUUACCAGACUUGGCAAUCAUAACUCUACCCGGCAGUCAUUCAGUCCUGCUAAGCCACGAGAUGGAUGUAAAUAAAUUCUAGUCUGCGA